UGCUCUGUUUUGUGAUCAUAUUUUUUACUGUUUUAUUAAAACUAGUGAAAAUGAAUAAAAUCGGGAUAUUAAAAAACUCACUUAGUGGUUUUUCGCUGGAUCAAAAACUGCAAAUUAAAGAAUUAGGACGGCCAAUACCCGAUUUAAAAAUUGAGAAACAAAGUGGUAGCGGACAAAAAUCGCGCUGUCGCAAAUUUAAUAAAAAUGUGUACGAUAAAAACAGCUGUAUAUGUGGUUGUGAAGAAACGAAUAAACUAUUUUGUUUUGUAUGUGUUCUAUUUGGAGGUGACGAGACUUGGUCAAAAAAAGGUACAGACGAUCUUAUACAUAUAUGGGAUAAAAUGAAGACCCACGAAAAAUCUAAAGUCCAUAUGAAUAAUGUUUUUAGCUUUUCUAUUCUUGGUAAAUUAAAUAUAAGGACUCAACUCAAUUCGGCUUAUCGCAAUGAUCUAAUUAAACAUAAUAAUCAAGUGGAUAAGAAUCGAUAUGUAUUGAAUAAAAUUAUUAAUUGUAUAAGGUUUUGUGGAGCAUUUGAGUUAGCCUUAAGGGGUCAUGAUGAAAAGGAAAAUUCGGAAAACAGAGGCAUAUUUAAGGAGCUGGUGAAUUUUAGCGCCGAAUUAGACAACGAAUUGAAAGUCCAUAUUCAAAGUGCCAAACUUUUUGAGGGUACCUCAAAAACAACUCAAAACGAGCUUCUUGAGUGCAUGCUAGAUGUUUAUCAUGAAGAAGUUAAGAAGGAGAUUGCAAAUUCUCCUUUUGUUGCAGUAAUUGCCGAUGAAACGACGGACGUAGCCUGUGAAUUUCAGUUAGUUAUUAUUUUCAGAUAUUUGUGUAAAGGACAACCAGUUGAGAGAUUUUGGAGAUUUUACGUCCCCGACGGACACGAUGCCAAAUCAAUCGCUGCAUGCGUUUUAAAUGUUGUAAAUCCAUUACUAGAUCAAAAUCCAAACAAAUUAAUAGCUCAAAGCCAUGAUGGUGCGUCUGUUAUGAGUGGUGAAUUGAAUGGCGUUCAAAAAAUUAUUAAGGAAACUUAUCCACUUGCAAAUUAUGUUCAUUGCUAUGCACACCAGUUAAAUCUAAUUAUGACAAGCGCAUGCUCUGUCAAUAAGCAGGCUAGAAUAUUUUUCCAUAAUUUAUCUGGAUUGUGCUCUUUUUUUUCGACGUCUCCUCAAAGAACAAAAAUUUUGGAUGAAAUAGUUAAUCGCAGAUUGCCAAGAUCUUCCCAAACACGUUGGAAUUUUCAGUCACGAGGUGUUCAUACAGUUUAUGAAAAUAGGAAAGACCUGAUUGAAGUUAUGGACAAUAUAGAAAGUACUUCACGCGAUUCUUCGUCGAUUAAUCAAGCCAGUGGGUACAAAUUAAAGCUGCAAGAUACAAAUUUUGUAUUUUGGCUAAGUAUUUUCCAUAAAAUAAUGCCACAUGUUGAAAUUGUCUUUAACCAAUUACAAAAAGUAUGCACCGAUUCUGUUAAGGUCAAAAAUGAUUUAGAGAAUUUUGAAGCAGCAAUUCAAACUAUACGAGAACAAAUGGAUAGCAUUAUUGACGAUAUUGAACGAGUGUAG